UGUACCUACUAGGUAAUCACGAAGUAGGUUCGACCUAUGCCUACGUGAUUUUGAAUAUUUUGGAAAGUGAUAUUUAUAGACUUGUUUGUGUGUGCGUGAUCCAUUUUAAUAAUUAGGAAAAUGAAGCGCAAGGUUUCGUACCUCAAAUUGAUAGUGCCUCGGCGGAGAGGGCUCCCGGUGCGCUUGGCGCUGCUGCUGAUAUGGCUGAGUUGCGCUACUGCCGCUUGGUGGCUGGCUGGGCGCUGCGGCCGUGCCCUGCUGCCACCGCCGCCGCCUCAGACGCUGGACCACUUCCGACGCAACAGGAGCCUGAAGAGCUACCUCGAUAACAUAACCGUCCUCAUCGAGCCUUCGAGUACAGUAUGCUCCCUCAGUAGGAAGGUGGAAGUGCUCGUGUUGGUGACGUCAUCACCGCAGCGAUUCCUUCAGCGGCAGGCCAUAAGAGCCACGUGGGGGAAGCAUGUGCCUACAUACUUUGUCUUAGGCCUAGACGGACCUUCAGUUGAGGACCUGAUGGUAGACAACUUUGUUGAAGCGAAGGCGUACAGCGACAUGAUUGUCUUCCAGUUCCAAGACCACUAUCAAAAUCUGACCCUCAAAUCAGCAUUGAUGAUGCAAUGGACCACAGCUAGGUGCACUGAACAUCUGGAAGGAAUGAUGUUGUUCAAGACUGAUGAUGAUGUGCUGGUUAACCCCUGGAUCCUCAGGCAAGUUCUAGAAGAGAAUUCGGGAAAAGAUCUCGUUGGGUACAAAAAGUUAAACAACUACCUCCACCGCGACGAGUACAACAAAUGGCACCUACCACGUUGGCUCUAUCGCCAGGAUUUCGUACCUGAAUACCUCUCGGGUACGGGCUACCUCAUCAAAGGUAGCAAGUUAAGUAAGAUUUUAAACACAGCCUUCGAAAUCCCAAUCAUCAAUUUAGAAGACGUUUAUUUCACGUACGUAGUGUCUAAGGCCAGGUUGGGUUACACAUUGACGCACGACCGGAGGUUAAGUCCUUAUAAACCCUGGCUGCCACUUGAAUGCAUGUACUGGGGACUGGCAUCCAUGCAUAGUUUAUCGCCAAAUGAAAUGUUAAACGCGUGGCCUAGUAUAAGAGUUUUAGGGGAAAAAUAUGAGCGUGGUGACGCAAAGUGUCGAUAUUUUGUUGAUAACAUCUGGAGUGAACUGUAUUUGUAUUGAUUAUGUAAAGUAAGAAUGCUAGGAUCUUAUUCUACAAAAGCAAUAUCCUGGAGUUAUAUUCAGAGGCUUCAUUGUUAGCUUAGCAAUAUUUUGUUCUUGGAAAUCUGCAAAGAGUUUCUACAGCGUGUUUAAAAUUUCUUAGUAAUUUUAUUUACCAAAACUCUAUAU